AUGAGCGAUACGUCCAAGAGGCAAUUGCCCUCGGAAAGUGGAAGUUUGCAUGUGGCCAAACAAAGGAAGUCGGGGUCGAGACCUGGCAGCAACGAUAAGCAUUUAGGAAACAUCAAGGUCAUGGUCAGAGUGAGACCUACGGGAGCUAAGGAUGCAGAGAACAUUGUGAAGAUGCCAGAUAACCGUACGGUUGUCUUGGAACCGAAGAAAAGUUUAAGCUCCAAACAAUUCCAGUUUGACAGGUGUUUUUGGUCGUGCAAUAGAGAUGACCCCAACUAUGCUUCUCAGGAUGAUACUUAUGAGACAUUAGGCAGGGAAAUGUUGCAGAAUUUACUAAUGGGGUUCAACAGUUGUAUAUUAGCAUAUGGUCAGACUGGUUCGGGAAAGACAUAUACCAUGAUGGGAGACAAUGACGGUCUCAUUCCUAAGACAUGUCGUGAGCUUUUCACCUCGACCGACGCUCUGUUUGAGGAGCACCAGGUGGGAGUUUCGGUGAAAGUCUCGUUCUUUGAGAUUUAUCAGGAGCAGGUGUAUGAUCUACUUGCAUUGAGCAAUCAUAACCCUAAGUUGAAGAUCAGAGAGGGUCAGGACAAAUCGCCGUUUGUGGACGGGCUCACCCACUACAAAGUUGAGUCUUAUGAGGAAGUUGAAAAGUUUCUGGAGCGAGGUAAUUCAAACCGAACCACUGCUUCGACGAGUAUGAACAUGCAGUCCUCAAGAUCGCAUUCGGUGUUUACAAUAUCUGUUACACAAGAGAGAUUCAUUGAUGAUACGCUCACCAAAUGUGAGCAGCUGACCUCUCAUCUCCGUUUGGUGGACUUGGCCGGGUCUGAAAGGGCAAGUGCAACCCUUGGAAACACAGAAUCACCUUUCAAGGGCAACGGAAAUGCGAGGUUCAAAGAAGGGUCGCAGAUCAACAAGUCUUUGACUACAUUGGGAAGAAUAUUGACACUAUUGUCGCAGAGAAAGGAGCAGAAAAAUGUGAUGAUUCCUUACAGAGAGUCAGCGUUGACGUGGAUACUGAAAGAAAGUAUCGGAGGAAAUUCAAAAACUGCCAUGAUCGCGUGUAUAUCACCAUCUGACUACGACGAAACGCUGAGCACUUUGAGAUAUGCGACCGUCACAUCGCAAAUUGAGAACGUCGCAUCACUGGGAGCAGGUGAGUCUACCCGAACCGUAGAUAUCGAUGAUGUCGUUCAACGAUACGAGGUGGAGAAAGCAAAAUUGCUGGAGACACUGGCAAAGGAUGACACCAAAAGGAGAACCCUGGAGAACUACAUGCGCUGGAACGAAGAGUAUCUGCUAGGACUGAGUUUCAGGAUGAAGGCUCAAACCAGGAGACAUCUGAAAAGUGCUGAAUUUGGUGACAAUUGCAGCGCGAUGUUAGAGCAAUUGUACGCCAGCAUGAGGAGAAUUAUGGACAAUUUUAACGAGCAGGUAGCUCUCAAGGUUAUGGAGGCCGAGUCAAGCCUUACUGAAAUGACCGUGGAUAUUCAAAAUGGAGUUUCGUGGGAUUUGGUGGAGAAGUAUGGAGUUUUUUGA